AUGCCUGCCACACCCGGCUCAGCAUCCAAGACACGACCGGCAAGAGGCGGACUGGACUCAUUCGCAAGGGAGGAACUCAUGGCCAGCCUAUCCUCACCCGCCAUCCCCAGCGCCCAAGCAGGCGGGCCAACACCACCCUCACCCUCGCCAAAAACAAUCAGACCAUCCCUCAGCCAGCUCCCAUUCGAAAUCAAGCAGCGGAUCGUCUACUGGCUCAACCGCUUCGAAGAAAUCGAGCAGCCAUUCGACUCGGACGAUAGCGAUAUCGAGGAAGUAGACGACGACGAAUUCACCGACAAGCCCCCCAGGAAAUCCCCCCAGAAAAUUAUCACCCGCUCCCAGGCAGGAAAAACCUCCCCCAAACACCCCUCUCCUCCCGAACCGUCCCCCAAACCUCCAAGCACCGAGCAGAAUUCUAUCCACGCACUCUCGCUCGUUGAUCGCUCGUUUUAUGAGAUCUGCAGGCCGUUUAUUUGGCAGACCCUAGACCUGGAAAACUUUGCCCUCAGCAAGCUACGAGACCUAAGGACGGAAGUACUGCCACGACAUGCGGAAUGCGUGCGACGGAUAUGGUGGCGGGUGGAUAUCGCGGAGCUAGAGACGUACGAGCCGGAGAGCUGGAUGAGCGGGACGGAGGAGGAGAGGGUGGCGCAGCGGCCGACAGAGUGGGGCGAGGAGGGCCGGUCGGUGGAGCUCCUGGAGAUCCUCAAGAUGUGCACAAAGGCGACGAGUCUGGAUGUCGAUCUGAAGCCGGCUCGGCAGAGCUUAGACGAGCACCAAGAGUUCAUCAUCGAGCCCGGACAUCCGACGGCCAAGUUCCUCCAGCCGAUCUCCCAAAUGACCCUGCUGACCACCAUCGCACUCACCGCGCCCUCCGAUGGCUUCCCGUUUACCGAGCCCUUCCUCGUCCGUCUGAUCAGAGACAUGGCAGGGCUCCAGAGCUUCACCUGCUGCUCGAUCGAGGCCCACGCGCCGGACAUCGAACACUCCAGCUCGAUCACCGUCUGCGAAUCCCCCCUGGCUCUCCAUCUCUCCAAGCUGGAUUCGCUCAAGGAGCUCGACCUGGACCAGGCGGACUGCUUCGACUUGAGCUGGAGCACGAUUGACUGGGCCGGCGCACUCGAGAACCUGGCCCUGGAUGACUGCUGUCGCGUCUCGCUCACUGCGCUCCAUUCGUUCUGCAUGAAGUUCUCCAAGUCACUCGCCAGCAUCGAGCUGAGCGAUGUACCAUAUGACCCGGAGGUCUUCGAUGGGGGGCUGCCCACACGGACGAUCUCGGAACUGGAGACGGGCCGGUUCAGAUUCAAGCUCCCAGAACUCACCACACUCUCGAUCUCCAGCGAUCUCCCGAUCAUCUUCCUGGAGGCCUUCGAGGACUGCAAGAAGAUCAAGCUGCUCGAGCUGGCCCUCAACCCGUCGAUCACGGCCACGGAGGUCGAACGACUGAUCAACCCGGACUCGUGGCCCCUCCUCGAGAAAGUGAUCAUCGCACCCGCCGACUCCGACCUCUCCGCCGGCCAGAUCGAGGCCCUCGAGCUCUUCUACUUGAGCAAGGGCGUCGCGACUUUCCACGAUUACCAACCCCAGAGGGUGUAA